AUGAUUUGCUCAGGUUGCCAAACGGAGUCUAAAGCCGUUAACUACUAUACUUGCUCAAAUUCAACUUGCAAGGACGUCUAUUGUUCAACGUGUUCUAAGACCCCGACGCUAUCAGCUAGCCGACUGCGAUCUUGGAUUUGCCCUUCUUGCUGCGCAAAAUCCAAAAAAGCCGGGGAUUACACCAACUCGCCUAUCAGACCUAUUUCGAACAAUUCCAUCUCAAAUGUGACAACCCGAAACAAGUCUGCGGCGCCUCCCCGCGAGGACGAUGAAACUGCCGAAAAAAUUUACGAUUCUACUGAUUUAGCCGAAUUUAAAAAAGAGAUCAAAGAUAUGUUAUCAUCAUGGAUGAACAAACAAAGUAGUGAAAGAGUCGAGAUUAAAUCAUCUCUCAACUCUAUUGAAAGUUCCUUAAGCUUUUUGUCUGCGCAGUAUGACGACCUGUUGAAGAAGAUGGAGAAUAUAGAGAAAGAAAAAGCUAAAGAUAAAGAGUACAUCAUUCUGUUGGAGAAUAAGGUCGAAGAACUACAAAAAACACAAAGAAAGUGCUCAGUAGAACUGAAGAAUGUUCCGAAAUUAAAUGGCGAAACAAAAGACACCCUUGUCAAUAUGGUUACGAGCCUAUCUAAGUCGCUCAACAUUGAUAUGCAGCCAAGAGAUAUAAAAGAUGUCUUCAGGACAGCAUCUAAGGGAGAUAAAAUGCCAAUUGUCGUCGAGCUUUCUUCAUACAUACAAAAAACGAACCUUACCAAAGCCGCUAAGAGUUACAAUAUACAUAACAAAAACAACAAGCUGAGUACCAAUAAUCUGGGAUUAAAAUGUAGCGAAACGGCUAUUUAUGUGUCCGACCACCUUACUCAAAAAGGUAGCAGAUUGUUCUAUUUGGCUAGAGAACUGGUCAAAGCCAAAAAUUAUAAAUUCUGCUGGACAAACCUUGGUAGCGUCUACAUCAGAAAGGAUGAAAACUCUCCAAUCAUAAAGAUAAUCAAUGAAUCUCAAGUUCAACGAAUGUAUGAAAACGAAAAAUGA